AUGCUGAGCAGGCAGCCUCGGUUGCCAGACCUGUCCCGAUGGCUUCUGGGUGCGAUUCUUCAGGAGAAACCUGGACUGGCGGUUCUGCAGCUGAACCUUCUGCCCACGAGUGGGGCGACGGUGGCUGUGGCUGUCCGGCUGCUGCGCAGGCGCUGGCCACGCACUUGCCCUCUCAGACUGCACCAGCAGCUGCGCUGCGUGGCGGUGAUGGCUGCGGCUAUGGCGAUCUAUACGGCUGUCAGGGUUACGCGUGGAGUGGGUCCGAGUGGAACCAAGCUCCUUGCAGCGGCUUCAAUGGAGCCGAAUGGGGAGGUGGCUGUGGAUCUGGGUGCCAGGGCAGUUGCUGCGAUGGCGCUGAAUCCGGCUGCAGAGGCGGCUGUUGUGAAGGUUAUGGAUGUGCCAGUGGCAGUGGUGGCUGUGUCAGUGUGGAAGGUGGCUCUUUCAAUCGUGGCUGCGGACACGGAUGGAUGCCUGGCAAGCCUGGAGACAUGUGGGCCCAACGAAGGCUUGAAGAGCCACAGCCUUGGCAAGGUGCAACCUCUUGGAAGGGAUAUAUCCAAGGCAAAGGCGGCGAUGCCUGGAAUACAAGUUGGGGCAGCUGGAAGGGUGGCGGCGCCUGGGAUGUUAAUGGAGCUGGGCGCCCAAAGGGCUGGGGCUCAGUGCCUCGUCCUGGGACUAUUGUCAGAUGUCCGCAGUCUCAGUAGCGUGGCGAGUAUUUGCGCCCUGUCCCAAGUGUGCGCGUGUAGCACGUACCUGUCCUGGGGCAGCUUUCUUGAAAAGAAUGGGCAUCGGGCUAGCAAGUCAACGUAUCAAGAUGUGCAGGACUUGCAUGCUCUUCUGGUGGGCAGAAGCUGUGGUAGAAUUUGGCAGAAGCCGCUUCAUGAACUAGUGGCAUUUGCAUUUAGUCGUGUUGAGGAUGUGAAGCUCGCAUGGCUUUCGGGGAGGUGA